AUGAACCCCUUUCAUAGUAGUGCAAAUGCUUCAACAGAUCAGGCGGUUCGAGGAAAGCUCAAGAAUGACGCGAACAAGCUGAAAUGGAAGAUCAUAAAGGAGUCCUACAAGAAGCGCCUUGCCAUUUUCUGCACGUUGACGUCGUCAGCUAUUCAACGAUUGUCGCAGGUGAAUUGGCAUCCGGAUGUUAUAAUUAUAGACGAAGCUGCGCAGGCGUCGGAACCUGUUGCCUGGGCAGCGGUUGUUCAAGCGAAGCGAUGUAUUCUAGCUGGUGAUCAUGCACAACUUCCUUCUACAAUCCUCUCUGAAGCUGCUCGCAAAGGAAACCUUGACGUCUCUCUGAUGGAAAGGCUCGCGAAGGAAUUUGUUAAUGUGAAUAUCAAUCAAUUGCUAACCGUUCAAUACAGAAUGAAUGAGAAGAUCAUGCAGUGGUCCUCAAGGGAGUUCUACGAGUCACGGCUCGUGGCUGCGGAAGAAGUGUCAAAUAUUACGUUGAGUGAAAUUUCCUUUAUCUCGAGUGAUUCUCCACUGAACAAUCCACUAAUAAUGAUAGACACUGAUCUCGGGAAAGAUAGAGCUCAUCUCUAUCGAGAGUUGCCUUCCCAGAUGUCUUUCAAAAAUCGAGGUAAGCAUUUUUGA